CUUCCUUUUCCUGCUAAACUUUAAUCGCUCGCUUUAGAGUCAAGUCAUGGCUGAAUUUCUGUCAACAAAGGCCACGGACAAACUAAACUCACAGCUCAACAGACUGUGCGUAUGGCUUUCGAGUGACCCUGAGUACAUCCUGAAGCACUGCGGGGACAUCCUAUCCGUGAAUGAAUAUAAAAAGGUAAUAAAGCAAAGCAGUGAUUCGGAGCAGAUAAGAGAACUCUUGGAAAUAAUCAUUCAAAAAGGAGAAGAUACCUGCCAGACCUUUAUUGACACUCUGAGGAAGCACCAAAGACACUUCCCACAACUGAAGCAGUUUUUCGUCACUGAAGCUGAAGUUCCAGAUUCAUCCACUCCAAGCAUGUUUGCUGAUGGUAGCAGCGUUGUGUCCCGCAGAGAAAUUACAAACACAACUGCAAAAAACAUUUCAUUUAACAUUCAAACAGUAAGCCAGCCGGCAGACAGCAGUUUGUCUGGAAAUAUUAAACCCCAAGCAGAUCUCGCUGCAAGUGGUGGCAGUGUUAUAUGUGCUGAUAAAAUAUCAGGUGUCCAUGUUGAUGAGUGUAUAAAUUUCUCAGUGAGUGUGAAUGCACCACAAGAAAACACAGGUACGGUAGAGGACACACAGCCACCUCCUCAGGGUCCUGCUGUGAGAAAGAUCAAGGAGCACAAGGUGGAACUCAUUAACUGCCUGAUGGGGGAUCGCUUCAUUCUGCAGUGUGUGCAUGCCAAAGGAAUCCUCUCUCUCAGACAAUAUGGAAAUCUGAAGCACACCUCUAACCCAGAACAAACUGUUACUGACCUGAUAGAUCUUCUGAUGAGUAAAGGCGAAGAGACCUGUGAUCAGUUUCUUCAGAUUCUUAAAGAUCCUGAAGUUGAAGCAACGUAUCCACAACUGAAAUACAUUAUAAAGUAACUGAGAUCAGAUCAUAUGUAAUUUUUUAGCAAGGAUGAAAUUAAAUAAUGGUAAAGGGAAUUUGCAAAUCUGUUUUAAAACAUUGCUCAAAAAAUUAAACUUUGAAAGCACAUCAGAUAUCAAUGGGAACUAUGGACCCCAAACUACCCCACAUGCUUGUCUCAGUGGCUGAAAACAUCGGGGCAUGCUCCCGGACAGAUGGUGUCCUGGGGGAUCUCUUCCCACAUCUGGAACAAGCAACACCGUUUCAGUCCAUCCGAUGGCACCAGGUUGUACCUCAGAUUGUCCAGGAGUUCAAAGUCCCAGAGGUGUUUUGUUGGAUUUAGCUCAAAUAAGCAUGGAGGCCAGUCAACAGUAUCAAUUCCUUCAUUCUCCAGGAACUGCCUGCAUACUCUGUGCAUAUGAGGCUGAGCAUUGUUCUGCACGAGGAGGAACCCAGGAGCCACUGCACCAGCACAGAGUGCACAAUGAAUCAAAGGAUUUCAGCUGUUGUCUAAGCUGUGGUUGGGGGAGGUCUGUGUGUCCCUCCAUGGAUAUGGCUCCCCACACCAUCACUGACCCACCACCAACUUGGACAUGCUGAACAGUGCUACAGGCAGAUUAAUGUUCUCGACAGAUUCUCCACACCCUUGGAUGUCUGUCAUGUCUUUCAUGGCUUUGUCCAGCUCCCCUGGACUAACCGCCUGUCUCCUGGAAUCUCCAUCCUCUUGAGACACUGGAAACCUUUUUCCAAUGCCACGUAUCAAGGUGCCAUCCUGGAGGACUUGGACUGCUCGUCCAACCUCUGCAGGGUCCUUGUAUCUAUGCUACCAGUAUUGACACUGACCCUAGCCAAAUGCAAAAGUAAAAACAGGAAAACAGGAAAGAUGAACCAUUCCUGUUUUCGUGGUUGUGUUAUUGUUACCCCUGUGGUGCACAUGUUGUUAAUUUCAUUAAUAUGAAAGCAGCUGAAACUGACAACCCCCUCUGCUAUUUAACCGACCAGAUCAAUUGACUUGAUGUUGUGCUUUGAUUAAAAGGUGUUCUUUUAAUUUUUUGAGCAGUGUAUAUACACACUUGCACAUUCCUACAAUUUUGAUGAAACUGUGUGAGAUAUACCCAUCUGCUUUUCAAAACAGGGCACUGAAGUAAAGACUAUCCUCAGAUUUUCAUACUAAAUCUUAAGGAAUUAAAAAUGAAGCAUGUGAAAUGAUUUUGUCCUGGUAGUCUGUAGAUGAUACACUGAGAUUGGUUGUAUACGUGUUAUAGCUAUGUAUGGGCACCAGGUGAUAGCAUGAAAUAUGUUUAUAUUGUUAGUAGAGUUUUAACUACUGCUGAGGAGAACACAGAUGUUACAACACACAUGAAGUUUCAUAAAAGUUGAGUGUUUAAUGGAAUAAAAUGAAACUCUACUUCUCACGCUGCUUUUUAAACAUUUUUCUU